CAUACCUACGUCACAAGCGAGAAGCGUCAGUACGCCUCUUUCGCGUGCACUCGACACGGUGUGCCUUGCGAUCGACGUCUUGCCCGACCGCGCCCGUUUUGCAAAGUCACGGUUCGCUUGAUCUCAUCACAAGAUGGUGCUCAAACAUUUCCGCCGCGCACCAGCGGUGGCCGCUGUCGCCGUCGCACUGGCGGUCGUGGCGAUGGUGUGUGCGCCCCGCACGGUGCACGCUCGCGCUGCGGCAGCCCUAAGCUCCGCUAACAACGAGACCACAACCAACGGUCGCGCUCUGCUCGACACCUCCAGCACCUCGCCGAACCCCGCGGCCUUCUUCGAGAUGCUGCCGUUCACUGCCAAGGCCGUGUCCCUGUCCAUGGUCAGCAUCCCUCGCACCCGCAAGUACGUCCAGGGCUGGCGCCGCGUAAGCUCUACGUGGAAGAUCAUGGCCGGUACAAUAGACCUCGACACCGGCGUGACCACGGGCUAUGCGCCAGGCAUUGCGAUUGGUUGCAGCGGCCCCAUCAUGAUGGAGGACGGCGCCCCUCUGUACGUGGGAGGCGAGUUCGGAAACUCUGGCAAGAAGCCCGCCAACAUUGAUGCUCGCACCUUCAUCACGCGCUUCGACCCCACCACGGGAACGUACACCCCCGUGGGCAAACUGAGUGUCCCGCGCUGGUACCCGAGUGCCCUUCGUCUGAAUGACGGCAAGGUCCUUGUGGUGGGCGGCACCGCAAACUCCGACAAGGGCCCCGCCUACAGCUACUCUGAGCUGUGGGACUCCAACAACCCCACCGCGCCCACCGUGCCCGUGGCCCACCCCACCGGCUUCGCUGCGACCAUGGGACUUAACUACUACCCCUUCAUGGCCCUUCUGCCUAACCGCGAAAUCCUGUGGUGGGGCAACCGCGGCGGCUCCAUCACGUCCGGUGACUCCCCGUUCAAGACCAUCCUCGACCUGCCACCCCUGCCUGACAGCUACGGCCCGUGGCACACCAUGUACCCCUACACCGCCACCGUCGUGUUGCACGCACUGCGCCCAAGCGCCACUACCGGCGUCUACGACACCUUCUCCUUCACCAUCUUUGGCGGCCAGAACCCCAAGAAGGUCGGGUCCAACACACCCGCGUGUGACAAGUCCGCCCGCCUGGACUUCACCUACUGCGGCCCCUCCAAGACCGACAUCUGCAUCGUGAACGGAGGCUGGCAGAUCGAGACCAUGCCCGACCGCCGCCUGCUGGCAGAUGCCAUCAUCCUCCCCAACGAGCGCAUUUUCGUCCAUGGCGGCGCCACGCCUUCUGGCUAUGAGGGCAAGAUCCAGCCUAACCCUACAGGAGACUACGAGUACCGCCUAACGAUGGGCACACCCGCCGAGAUCAAGGGCGUGGACCGCCCCGUGAUCACUUCGGCCCCUGACGUCAUUUAUCGCGGAGGCACGUUCGAGGUGACCUACACCUACGCCGGCACUGGCAUCACCGGUGUCGCCCUCACCACGCCCUGCGCCUCCACCCAUUGCAUCAACAUGAACCAGCGCGUGGUUGUGCUGCCCUACACCGUCGACACCGCCACCAGCACCAUCACCGUCACCGCCCCGCCCGCUGCCCAGCACGGCGUUGCGCCCCGCGGCGAGUACGUGCUGUGGCUGCUGGGUGACGAGGUCGGACAGUUUGGCAAGACCUACAGCCAGGGCCACUGGGUCACACUGAAGGAGGCCUAGUGGUGUGAGCACAAUAAAUGUCAUGUAGCAGAGGGUUAUUCCUUGACCGCCCAUGCCGCGGACCAGUUCUAUAGAGCUCAUAUGGUCAAGAGGGGCUGGGUGCCCUUGCCUUCAAUCACUUGGUUGUAAACUAACGUGUCGUUCCGUUGUCUAGUCGGAUUGGGUUAGGGGGGUGCCUGCAACCAUUGGCCAUGAGGGGCCACGCACAGCGGCACUGUCUCGGGACACGUGGUAUCAGAUUGGCGCGCAUCCCUACCAAUCAACAGGGGUUCCCUACGAUGAUCAGGGGUCUUACUUCUCCUCCCCCGGCGUGUUCUAGCCAGCCGGCCCCCUCAUUUACACGAGCUCAUGCCGUCCAGUUGUUCACCACUCUCACACGAUCAAGACGCUGCUACACAUGCGUUACUGUACUCAUAGACACAGACUCCCGUUCCUCAUGCAUGCUGCCAUCAACUGCACAGACCACACACCGUACUUGAAGCGAAGUACCGUAACCUACCAUGCGCUGUCGGUUGACACCAUGCAGCAGGGAUGGGCAACACCACAGCGAGCGAGUAGGCAAUGGAACCAGUGGUGCACGUGUACCGCAUGCACCGACCGUGCAUGUUAGUAGGUAGGGUCGCACCCUUAGAAUGAUGCGUUGCCAGAUGUCGGGAGGGAACACUAGGAACAUGAAGCACGGAAACACCCAGUGCUCGUAUCUUCCAUCUACACUGUAGAAAUCUGUCCAAAAUCCGCCGAAGGCGGAGAAAAUUUUUGGGUUUGGAUGCCGCGCAUCUACGCAGGUGUAGACGUUUUGGGCCGGGUUUGGCGCAGAAAUGGGGGAAGCGUAGACGUUUUGGGGGGCUUGGGGGCUUAAAUGUAGAUGCCACGGUCAGGGUCAUCUACGCAUGUGUAGAUGCCGGGUGCCUGAGGGCAUCUACAAGAUACGAGCACUGGAAACACCCUGGUAUAACUUCCAUACGGCGCCUUCCUUGCUCAAAGCCUCAGAAGUGCCAGCUAGCACGGUUAGUAGCAGAGGUUUGCCGGGAUGGACUCGCCCAGUAGUCAUCGGCACGGGCGGUGAGGGCGCGGGCGUGAGGGGCAAGUCAUCAGGAAGGAGCGCGGUUGCACUGUCUUCCAGCUGCAGUAGGACACUCCACCGCCAAGGGUGAUCACCAUGCACUAGGCGUGCGUGUGUGCGCCGGAAGUACCCAGUCCCCACACGCCUGUGACACACGCGGGACCCAGCGCGACAUGCCGGGUGGUACAUCGCGCUCCGGGCCAUGGAGGUAUACGGUUGAUAUGCAGCACGGGCACGUGAAGGUCGGAUAAUGCUUGGGCGGGUCGGAGGGACCGAGAGUCCGAGACAUUACCGACAGCCGACAGCCCGACACGUCGUUUCCGGAAUCAACGAACGGCCCUCAGCACGACACGUGCUGUCCGACGACCUGAAAUGACGGUUGGAUUUUUCUCCUGGCGCAGAUGCAGCGGGAUUCAUAACGAGGUAUUUAAACUUGAUGUAACUGUGUGUCCUU